UGGCCGAAGCGGAUCUCAGGCUCGCCGGAAGAUCCGGGUGCUGCUGGUCUUCAACAUAAACAGCAAUGGCGGAGGCAGCGGCGGCGGCAGCGUCUACCGCGGCUCCGGUAACAACAACGGGAGGCUGGACUAAACACGUUACCUGCAGGUAUUUCAUGCAUGGUCUUUGCAAAGAAGGGGACAACUGUCGAUACUUGCAUGACCAAAGCAGCAGCAAGCCAGCCAUGAUCUGUAAGUUCUUUCAGAAAGGAUGCUGUGCGUUUGGAGACCGGUGCAGAUAUGAACACACCAAACCAGCCAAGCAAGAGGAGCUCCCUGGCCCCAUGCCAUCAGUGCCGCUUCCCGCUGCCCCCCUCACCCUUGCUGGUGACUCUGGUUCCAUGCCCAGUGGGCCAGCUGGCAUGUCCAAAGCCCAUGGGCCUCACGUCUCUGGGGGAGUGGACUGGGUCAAUGCUGCAGAGUUUGUGCCAGGCCAGCCCUACUGCGGAAGGGCAGAUCCUGUGAUUGUGGACGGUCCAGGGCCUCUCAUCGAGGACGAGUAUGAAAAGGAACAAACCAACAAGGAGCUGAAGAAGCAGCUGUGCCCAUAUGCAGCUGUUGGUGAGUGCCGCUACGGCCUCAACUGUGCCUAUCUGCAUGGUGACGUGUGCGACAUGUGCGGACUGCAGGCACUCCAUCCGUCAGACACUGCUCAGCGUUCUCAGCACAUCAGAGCAUGCAUUGAGGCCCAUGAGAAGGACAUGGAAAUCUCGUUUGCCAUCCAGCGCAGUAAGGACAUGAUGUGUGGUGUGUGCAUGGAGGUGGUAUUCGACAAGGCCAAUCCCAGCGAGCGUCGCUUCGGCAUCCUCUCCAACUGCAACCACUGCUACUGCCUCAAAUGCAUCCGCAAGUGGAGGAGUGCCAAGCAGUUUGAGAGCAAGAUCAUAAAGUCCUGCCCAGAGUGUCGAAUCACAUCCAACUUUGUUAUCCCGAGCGAGUACUGGGUGGAGGACAAGGAGGAAAAGCAGAACCUCAUUAAGAAAUACAAGGAUGGCAUGGGGAGUAAGCCCUGUAGGUAUUUCGAUGAGGGCCGCGGAACGUGUCCAUUUGGAGCCAAUUGCUUUUACAAGCAUGCCUUCCCUGAUGGACGCCUCGAGGAACCUCAACCUCAGUCCCAAAACCAGCAAAGGCAGAAUGGCUCCAAUGCAAGGAACAGGGGUUCGAGGCGCACACCACUCUGGGAUCUGUUUGAUGAGCGGGAAAGCAGCGACUCCUUGGACAACGAUGACGAGGAGAUGGUAACGUUCGAACUGAGCGAGAUGCUCCUUAUGCUUCUGGCGGCAGGAACCGACGACGAGGUCACCGACUCUGAAGAUGAGUGGGACUUAUUUCACGAGGAGCUGGACGAUUACUAUGAGCUCUACCUAUAGCACCCCGUCAUUACUCCAAUCUUUCCCUCUCUUCCUCACUAAUCUUUCCUGCCACCAUCAAUUACUCCUCACUUACCCCCUCCCUUUACUAGAAGCUAGACUGUGUGAGUGAUGGACAGUAGCUUAUAUUUCUCCCUGUGUUGUGGCAGUGCCUUUCAGCAGGCCGUUAAACUUAUAAAUUCAGUUCAAAGUAAAAUGAAUUAUUCUAUAUAUAUAUAUCUAUAUAAAAAAAUCAGAUUUAAAAAAAAAAAAAGGAUCAGGUCUGUGCACCCGUGCUAAAGCCUUUCUGGAAAACCUCUUCAGUUCUGUUAGUGUUUGUGUGUACACUAUGUACUAAAGGAAAAACAGAAAAAAAUGACAAAGCAUAAAAAUGACAAAAAGACACUAAGUUAUACAUGUGAAAAUUGGAAUGAUAUUGCUAUUAAAUCUUAAUGGUUUUAUUCUGAAGUCUAGGUUUGACUUAUCUACCCAGGUAUAGUCCUGAUUAAACGGGACUCUGAGCAUACAGCAGCUUUAUAAGACUUUACUGUAACUGGUGGUGGCUGUGAUGCUUUUCUGGAAUAUUCUCUUCUCUCAUGCACUGAUUCUGGGGGGGUGGUGGUGAGCUUCCUUGAUGUCAAAUGCACACAUGCACUCUUAACAUUUAUAAAUACAACUUGUCACUGAACGUUGUUCUCUCUCUCUCUCUCUCUCUCUCUCUCUCUCUCGUGUUACUGUUCCAGUUCUCUUUAAUUGGCCUAGUCGGGUCAGUUUUUAACCUACCUGAAGUGUACAGGUUAUAACCACCUGUGGUAUCAAAUACAGUCUCUCCUAAGAACUGAGUGUAGCGAUAUUUUGUGAAAUUGGACUCCCGAAAGCAGACUUAAAUGCAUUCAAAUACGAAGCUGAGUGUUUCAUCACUUUAACUGUUUAGUAAUUGUAGGUUUUUGUUUUGCUUCAGUAUUGCAUAUUAAGCUCGGCUGUCAGUAGCCAAUCCACAAACACCCAGUUGUUAUUCGGUUCUUGUUGAACUUAAUUAAAAUUGCAUAUGUUUAUACUGAUAUGUGCUUGUUUUCUAUGGUCCAGAACCAUCCAACAUAACUUGAAAAUUAAAGUUUAUUAUCACAGUA